ACCCCUUAAAAUCCAGAUAGUACAUGCAAACACGAACGCUGGCGGCCAUGUUUGUUGUGGCCGCGGGGUGCAGAUUACAAUGUUCCUGAGUGAGGCUGUGUUUUGAUGCUGCUGUGAUUGCUGUGAGUCCCGCCGCCGCUGUGGGGAGCCUAGGGAUCCAUCAUGAGUAUCACAAGCGAUGAGGUGAACUUCCUGGUCUACAGGUACCUACAGGAGUCAGGCUUCUAUCAUGCUGCCUACGUCUUUGGCAUUGAGUCACACAUCUCCCAGUCCAACAUCAAUGGAGCGCUGGUGCCUCCCGCCGCCCUCCUCAGCAUCAUACAGAAGGGGCUGCAGUAUACCGAGGCAGAGAUCAGUAUAGGGGAGGACGGCACAGAGCGGCUCAUCGACAGCCUCUCGCUGAUUGACGCGGUGAUGCCGGACGUGGUGGCCUCCAGACAGCAGCAGAACCAGCAGCCCAAAGCCGUGGUGAAGACAGAGAUUCCCAGCACCAAUGGGGACGAGGUUCCCUUGACAGGCACCACGGGCGAGAACAUGGAGGUGGACAACAGUGUGGAGAUCCCCCUCAACAAGGCCACCAUUCUCCGGGGACAUGAGAGUGAGGUGUUCAUCUGUGCCUGGAAUCCUACCACCGACCUCCUUGCCUCAGGGUCAGGAGAUAGCACGGCUCGCAUCUGGAACAUGAACGACAGCACCACCUCCCCGAACCAGCUUGUCCUGCGGCACUGCAUUCAGAAAGGAGGCACAGAGGUUCCCAGUAACAAAGACGUCACAUCCUUAGACUGGAAUUGUGACGGCACCUUGCUCGCCACGGGAUCCUACGACGGUUAUGCCAGAAUUUGGAUGACGGACGGCCGGCUAGCUUCCACUCUCGGCCAACACAAGGGUCCCAUCUUUGCCCUCAAAUGGAAUAAAAAGGGCAACUACAUCCUAAGUGCUGGAGUGGACAAGACCACGAUAAUUUGGGAUGCUUCCUCUGGCCACUGUACACAGCAGUUUGCCUUCCACUCAGCCCCAGCUUUAGAUGUGGACUGGCAAACUAACAACUCCUUCGCGUCCUGCUCCACCGACCAGUGCAUCCAUGUGUGUCAGCUGGGCCAGGACAAACCCAUCAAGUCCUUCCAGGGUCACACGAAUGAGGUGAACGCCAUCAAGUGGGACCCCCAGGGCAACUUGCUGGCCUCGUGCUCAGAUGAUAUGACCCUCAAGAUUUGGUCAAUGCGGCAGGACACUUGCGUACACGACCUGCAGGCGCACAGCAAGGAGAUCUAUACCAUCAAGUGGUCGCCGACAGGACCCGGCACCAACAACCCCAACAUGAACCUUAUCCUGGCCAGCGCUUCGUUUGACUCGACGGUGCGGCUGUGGGACGUGGACCGGGGGGCGUGCAUACACACCCUCACCAAGCACUCAGAACCUGUCUACUCGGUGGCCUUCUCUCCUGACGGGAAGUUCCUCGCGUCAGGAAGCUUCGACAAGUGUGUUCACAUAUGGUCCACACAGUCUGGCCAGCUGGUGCACAGUUACAAGGGUACGGGAGGAAUCUUUGAGGUGUGUUGGAAUUCCCGGGGAGACAAGGUGGGCGCCUCGGCCUCGGAUGGCAGCGUGUUUGUCCUGGACCUCCGCAAGUAGACAUUCCGCCGCCGAGACACACCGCCACUUUUUACCACAUGUUUGCUGUUUGUUCCCACCUGCGGGACUUGGAACGGAAGCCACUGUGCUUUUUUUUUUUUUUUUUUUUUUCCCAUGUUUUUGUCUUGUUUUAUGAGUUUAUCUGCUGCUUUAUCUGCCAGAGUGAUUUAGAAAGGAGGACUUUUCAGACUGCCAUGACUGCCCCGCCUUGAAGAUAUUAAGAGUGUCGUGAUGGUGAUGAUGAUGGUGGUGGUGAUGAUGAUAAGUCACAGUGCAAGUGUCAACGUGUCAGGCAGUGUUGGUUCCGUGACUGAAUGAACUGAGGAAAAGAAAAAACAAACAAGAAAUUGGAUGAAACUCAAACAGUUGUGAAGAUGAUAAAGAUGACGAUGAUGAUGACGACGAUGACAGUGAUGACCAUGAUUGUUUUGUUUUAUGAAUUUCACUGUUGAAUUAUUCUUAUCUUUCACCAUUUGGGUCAGACUGUGUGUCUGUCCGUCUGGACGUGACGGCACGCAUUGGGGGUUUUACCAAUCAUUUUCUUUCUCUUUUUUUUCAUUCAUCUAAUCUGAACAAACUUUUUAUAACACAACUAAUGAUUCUCAAUAUAUUUUUAUUUUUAUAAUUUCUAUUUCCUCUCGCAGUGCAUUGGCUGUUUGUUUCCGUGCGUCAAGUGGAGUGGAGAGGCAGGGAACAGCGUACCUUAGACUGGCAGAGUGCUGGGGAGGUGGAGAGGGACAGCAGGGGACAGAGGAGUGGUGGAGAGGGAGGUUGAGAGGGCCCAGGGUGAUAAAAGUGGUGGAGAGGGAAGGAGCAGAGGAAGCAGAGUCGGGUGGAGUGUUGGAGGGUGUGGAGGGCACCCAGGGUGGCAGUGCAGGUCUGGACAGGGACAGUCAGUGGUGGCAUUUCCAAGCAGCACAGUGAAGAGGCAUUAGUAUUGGUCGUGUACAAGUUGUUUCUCAGUGUCGCUGGGUGGGUGGGUGGGUGUCCCAGCGCAGGGUUGGGAGGCCGGUGUUCUACAGGCAAGGAUUUUAUGUUAUUCUUAACUAUAGUAGAUAGUAAUUCUGAUAAUUUUUUUUUUCUCUCAGUUUAUGAUCAGAAUUUUUUUCUAUCUUGAUCUUUUUUAUUUGUUAAAUUUUUUAAGUGUACGUAUGUAUGUCGUUUCUUUUUUUGGUCUGUGUUUUUUUUUAUAUCUAUUUUAAAGAAUGUCUAAUUAUUUAUAAUAAAAUGGAAUAAUGAUGUAAAUGUUGUGUAAUAUGUAUGUUAAUUUUCUCUCUCUCUCUCUCUCUCUCUCUCUCUCUCUCUCUCUCUCUCUCUCUCUCUCUCUCUCUCUCUGCUUCCGUUUCCAGCCACCGUGCCACACAAGUGUUGUGGUGGUGGUGGUGGCUCGGCACCACAGCUCCUCCAUCCUCACUCAGCUUGUUACACUCGCUUCAUUUUUAAUCUCCCUUCCUUCCUUCCUUUCAUAUCAUUCAUCACAUUAUAUGCUUCAUUGCUUCCUUUCCCUUUUCUUUCCUUCAUUUAUUUUCUUACUUCCCACAUUUCUGAUUUAAACUCUUCAUUUUUAUACCUCAGUCCUCCAUUUUGCAUUCCAUUACAUGCUGCUAUAAGCAACUGAAAUUUUACCACUCCUUGCCUCUUGCUAUGACGUAUUACUACUAUUGAUAACAGCCUAACUUCUGUCACUCCUUGUUUGGUUGUCUUACUUAGUAUAACACACUUAACUUCUUUCUACUAUGCUUGAAUUCACAUCUUAUCAACUUUUCUUGCGCUUACGUGCUUUUAUUACCAGUAUCCCUUUCAUUCUUCAUCUCUAUCACCAAUGACAUCAUCUCUCAUCGCUUCCCAAUCUGUGUUCUUUUGGUAUGAUCUUAUUUCAGAGUUCCUUUGCAGUUUAACUUGUAUCAUAUAUUAUUAGCUUUUCUUUUAUGCCUUCACAUGUUUUAAUGGUCACCAUCUCUGCACCUUUCAGCUCCAUUGCCUCACACAUCAUGUCUCAUCACCCUGCCUGUCUUCUUACAGUGUUAUCUUAUUUCUGAUUUCACAUACAUGUGGACUUUAAUUUAUAUGCAACUUUGCUAUUUUUAAGUGGAUGAAAGAGUGUGCACAAGUUGCUGAAGAAGACCUGCAAUAUUUAUACAUAACUUCAGAGUGCAAAAUUACUUAGGACAGUGAGGACGAAGGAGUUACUACUACAAUAUACAGUACUAUUUUAUGCAGUAUCACAAAGUAUUCAUCCCCUGUUGGCAAAGCUACAUGGUCCGGCAGGGAAGAAAUACCACGUAUACAUACGCUCGUAUAAAUAUAUAUAUCGAACAGAAAAAAAUUAAAUAACCCCUUCCCUCCCAUACGUACAUAUUGUCACAAAUUUAUAUAUCUUUUUUGAAGUUUUCCUUCCUACGUACUACUACAGAAAGCUAACUUUGUACCUACAAUAAUUUUAGAAUGAAGAAGGAUAAGGCGA